AUGCCGGCAUUGCCAGUGAAUCAAAUUACCCAUACACAGAAAAGGAAGGAACUUGUGAUACUAACAAGACAAGGGACUAUGCUGCCAAGAUCACAAGCUAUGCCAUCGUACGUUGAUCUUAACAGCGAGACAGAAUUAUUAAAUGUGGUUUCUAAGCAACCGGUCUCAGCAAUGGCUGACAGCAAAGGGAGGGAGUUCAGACUUUACUUUGGUGGAGUCUUCUCUGGGGAAUGUGGGACAUCACCGGACCAUUCUGUAACGGUCAUCGGGUAUGGGACGACUGAGGAUGGCAUCAAGUAUUGGCUAGUGAAAAAUUCAUGGGGUGAGCACUGGGGAGAGGGUGGCUAUAUGAGAAUCCGCAGAGGGGUUGAUGCUCCACAAGGUCUUUGUGGUAUUGCUAGGAAUCCUUUAUAUCCGAUUGUUUAA